AUGUCUGGAGAAGCUGAAAAACCUGAAGAUCUUAUUCAGAGAGAUCCUGUUCAGGAAGAACUGCUGACCAGCAGUGGCCAAAUGCAGGAAACUACUGAAAACCAAGCGUUUCUGAAUUUAUUGAAGCGACUGGGACUUGCCAGCUAUUAUCCACAGAAAAUGGGGCGAGCAGAUUUCCACAUCAUUUACAAGACCUCUGUGCAUGACAGCCAGCCCAGCAAGGACAGUGAGCUGCCAUUUUAUUUUUUGCAAAAGCUGAUGAUGCUGGACUACCGUGUAAGGUACCUGGUUUGCAAGGAUGACCCGAAAACUGAACAAGACCCAGCAAAUGCACCAACAACCGAAGGCAAUGAGGGCGAAUCCUUCAAUACAUUUGAUGACUUUUUUAAUGACUUUACAGAGCGAGCUGGUGGAUCUACCGUGCAUCAGACACACGUGCAUCCAAUGGACAUCCAGAUGGCGAUUUUUCACUGUGCCGAUGAUUUCAUGAGGCAAUACGUUUGCACAAAGCUUGCGCUCUGCCAGUUUGCCCUCCCACUGCUGGUGCCAAGUCCUCGUGGCUCCCAGAUACAAUUCCCUCUUUGGGCCCUUAGCCUGCUCCACAAGAGCUGGAAAGGCGCUGAGCAAUCUGGAGAUGGCACAAGAACUAAAACUAACAAAAACAAACUGAUUUACCGAGUGGACACCCCAGUGGUGUCCUUCAUGCGCAUUGGGGAUUCUCCUGCUUCUUCUAAGUCUCAGAUCCUGAACGCGCUGCUGAGCAAGCACAAGCACGAUAUCUUUUUCCAUCGUCAUUGCAGAGGCAGCAGCAAAGACUGCCUCCUAAUGAGAGGAGUCGUGGAAAUCUUCUGGUAUUGUCCGGCUGGGAGAGAUGACGAUCGAUUUGACAACUGCAUUGCCUUUACUAACCUGCACGGAGAUGCACGAGAACACGAGCAACAAAUCCAGUUCUUACAGGAAGUUUCGUCUAUUAACGUGAUUCUCAUCACUGAGUCUGGUCAGAAGGACGAAAAAGGCAUGAAAAUUGUACGUGAUCUCUGGCAAUCUCAAAACCCUCUGCUCUGUCUUCUUGCUGACAAAGAGAAAGUUGUGGCUGGAAGAUCUCCCCAGCACAUCAAAAUAGCCCUCAAGAACAGGAACGAAGCAGAGCUGAUGGACGAGCUGACCACAACCAUUAGGCAUUUCCUGGCAGGCUCACCCCGCACCGUCAGUCUGGAGGCCUGUGGAGAGAUUGCUCGCCGGCAUGGUUUCCUCAUCGAUGGAGACAAGGAAGAGUGUCAGGAAGCCAGAGCUGUGGCACAGACUCUGGUGACGCUCCUGAACGAGAAUAAAUUGCGUGACAUCAAGGAAAAGCUACUGCCCUUGCAAGGAGGGUUGUGGCACGAGUGGUGCAGAAAGGACAAGGAACUUACCCGCCUGCAGGACAAAGGGGACCGAAGCAUUGAGCAGCACCGGAGUGAGAUUGAGUCAGAAAAGUCUGUGAUACGAAAUAAGCAGCUGAAAAGAGCAUUCCCCCUCAAUGACCUGAUGAGAUCCGUGCUUGAAUUUCUCAGGGUGCAUCCAGAGGCCACCAAAAAGUACUUCUUGCAGUGGAUGAAAGUCUUCAUGGAUGACCUGUCCUCCGACCGACUUGCAGUUCUUCAGCAAAAUUAUCAUAAAUUGUGGUCUGAUAUCUUGGCACAAAAGAAAAAAGGAGUGGAUGAUGGCUUGAAAAAUAAGCUAAGAAAGUUAGAGGCACUCUCAAAUGAAAUCAAUGAUUCUACCAUUGGCCUUGAGCACAUUUUGAGAGAGGUUGGGCAGAUUUAUGAAGCUUUGGAGGCAAUGAAUAAAAAAGAUAAAUGUUUUCUUGAACUACCUCAAAUUGCCGCUGACCUGAUGGUUUCAGGGUAUCCCGUUGAGCUGAUGGACGGUGACGCUUCCUACGUGCCACUGAAAUGGGUGGGGGCAGUUUUUGACAGAUUGAUUGAGAAGCUGGGGGACAAAAAGGUGUUUGUUCUCUCGGUGCUCGGCAUCCAGAGCACUGGAAAAUCAACGCUGCUCAACGCCAUGUUUGGCCUGCAGUUCAACGUCAGUGCAGGGCGAUGCACCAGGGGAGCUUUUAUGCAGCUCAUUAAAGUGGAUGAGAAACUCCAACAAGAUCUGCACUUUGAUUACGUAUUUGUAGUUGAUACUGAGGGGCUUCGGGCCAUGGAGCUGGCCAAUAAACUGUCAUGCAGUCAUGACAACGAGCUGGCCACUUUCGUCAUUGGCCUCGGCAACGUGACGUUAAUCAAUAUAUUUGGGGAGAAUCCCUCAGAAAUGCAGGACAUCCUGCAGAUCGCAGUGCAGGCUUUUCUGAGGAUGAAGCAAGUCCGUCUCUCCCCAGGCUGUUUGUUUGUGCACCAAAAUGUUGGAGACAUCGCUGCAAAAGAGCAGAACAUGGAAGGACAAAGGCGCUUGCAGGAAAAGUUAGAUGAAAUGACGGUCAUAGCAGCCCAGCAGGAGUUCUGUGACGCCACCUGCUUUAACGAUGUGAUCCGGUUUGAUGUGAACAGCCACAUCCACUACUUUGCUCACCUGUGGGAAGGAAACCCCCCCAUGGCCCCCCCAAACCCCAGUUACAGCCAGAACGUGCAGGACCUGAAGAACAGCAUCCUCGCGGCUGCCAGACACGAAUCCCAGGGCAGGGUCUUACAGCUCUCAGGAUUAAAGGUCCGCAUCGGCGACCUGUGGAGCGCUUUGCUGAAUGAGAAUUUUAUUUUCAGCUUCAAGAAUUCACUGGAGAUUGCAACGUACAAGAAGUUAGAAGUGAUGUAUGGCCAAUGGACGUGGCAGCUCAGAAGCCACGUACUGGAUUUGGAAACAAAACUGAGCAAUCGCAUUCAGAACGGAGACGUGCUCCCGGUCAGCCACGGGAACCUGGAAGAGCAAGUUCAAGCAAAGUACAGUGCCAUCAUGAAGGAGUUUGAAGAGUAUUUCAGUGAGGACAAGGACUCGGAGAUGUUGAUCCAGUGGAAAGCUGGCAUUGAACUGAAGCUGCAAGAUCUGAAAGGGUCGCUUGUGGCAGAAACAAAGAAGAAGUGUGAAAAACUCAUUGAACUGAAGAAGAACGAAAGCAAGGUAGAUGCAAAGAAGUCAGAGUAUGAGAAUGAGCUUUUCAGAAGAAGCAGAGACUUGGCUCUGUCACUAAAAGGCAAGGAACUGAGUGAGCGCGAACUGAGACUCAGCUUUAACUCCCUCUGGACUAGGUGGGUCACUGAAGUGUCCUCCGCGGCUCCACCUGCUGAAGAGCCUAAUAUUAAUGUCGACCUGGAGAGUAUCCUUCUGGAGCGUUUUACACAGCCUAAUCUAGCAAGAAGAAUUAAGGAUUUUUCCAGGAAAAAAAAGUUUUCUGUAGAUUUUUCUAAACAUAUCUGUACAAAGAAAAAAAUUUACUUUUUCAAGACUGAUUUAGUUGAAUGUGACAAAAAGAACAUCCAGCAAAUAACAGAUCACAUCAUGCACCUUGUCAAAGAAAAGAUUGAUCAGAAAGAGCAACAAAAAAGGGAUUACAAUCGAGGUUACUUUCAUGAAAUACUGAAUGAAAUUAGGAUAGGUAUAAGCUCCCUACCCAGCACUUCAACAUAUACCUUCAAUGCAGAGUACGAAAUAGAGCUAUCAUUGUACCUAUGCAAAAUGGCAGCACAAAGGUUUGAAGAUAUGCACGCAGCCUUUAAAAAAGCAAACGAUCCAGCUUUGUACCUGGAAAGCAAGAGAGAAGAUUUCUUCAAGUGCUUUCAGAUUUCCUGCCAAGGCGCCACCUCCAUCACAACGUUGGCCGAUUUCUUAUGAGCCAAGCUGUCUGCAGCGCUUCUCCAGGCAGUGUACGACAAGACUGCCAUUGACAUCGCCGGUGAGAUGAGGGCCAACUAUCCAGCCUCCAAUGGCAACCGAUCCAAACUAGAAGCCUAUGUUCUGAAAUCCCUGGCAGAAGAGGAAAACUUUGACAAGUACCGGCAGUACAUUCACUUCCCAAAGGACUUCAUAGAGGGUUUUAUCAAAAAGUGCGUUGAGGAUUAUUGUUUCAAUCAAAGGAAUCCAAGACUGAGGACUGUGUUAAGUAUUUCUCUUGAUACUUUGCACUCUCGUGUUGUCUCAGCUAUUGAUGACUCUACUAGGGUGGUGAAAGACAGAAGGGGCAAUGUAUCCUCAUGGCUGGAUGAGUUCUGCACCAGACUUGGAGGAGAUCUGUGCUUUCCAAGAAGUGAUCUGAAAGGCAUUGAACACCAGGAGAUUACAGAUAUAGAAUUUCUGAAGAAAGCAAUGAAUAAAGCAUUGGAUCCAGUGAUAGAAAAGCUAAGAAAGGGCUUUGCUGACACUGGUCUGCACUCAUUGAGAAAGGAGCCACACAAAAUCCUAGCUGAGCAGCUGGGUGGGUGCUGGGAGCAGUGUCCCUUUUGCAGUGCUGCGUGCACCAACACCAUAGCUGAUCAUGAUGGAGCCCACAGUGUUUCCUUCCAUCGUCCUCAAGGUGUGAAUGGAUGGCACUGGUCCACAACAAACCAUCUUGUUACUGAUAUUUGUUCCAGUCUUGUAGCAAGCGAUUGCGAUUUCAUACUUAGUGGUGAUCGCGAGUACCCAUACAAGAAGUACCGAGAUGCAGGACAUCCGUAUAACACCUGGAACAUCACACCUGACACAUCGGUGCUGCCUUACUGGAAAUGGUUUGUGUGUCAUUUCAGGGAAGAUUUGGAAAAGCAGUACAGUAGAAAAUUUGAAGGCAGAGGUGAAAUCCCUUCCCAGUGGAAAACAGUUACAAAGACGGCUGUUCUUUCAGAGCUGGAAGCCUUCUUAAAGUAGUCAGAACAAAGACUAUACAAGUGUAGAAUCAAGGAAACCAGAUUGCAGUUGGAAACCGUAAGAAAAGAACUUAAUUUUCAAAUAUUGCUAUUGAUUGUAUUGCAUUUUAGAAAACUAGUUAGAUAAGCAAAGCUGUAGUCUAAACUAUUAUAUCGUGCAGAGAUCUAUACCGUAAUUCCUUUCAUUGUGCAGGUGUGGGGCUGCUUCUCCAGACUACAAUGUCAGAGUCCUGCAGUUUCCCCAAGUACAGAAAUCUAACUCACGCAUGUGUCCAUGUACUAAAAUCUUCCCUGCUGUGAGCGUAUUAACAUGGACAACUAAAAGCAGCAACGCAAAGAGCAAGGAAAGGCAAUAGUAAAUACUAACAUUAUAAAAAGUAGGAUAUGAUACAAUACUGCUUCACAUUUGCUCUUCUGAAUAGAGCGGGCAGCGUGCAGUUCUAGCUACAUGUGCCAGGGAUGCUCGAAUCAGGCUUGACUCCCCAUACCUGUUUUUUGGCUUGUUUCAUUCUUCAUGUAGUGACAUAUGCACUGAAAUAAAAACAC